AUGAUAUUCACCGAGGCAAACAAGGAGUCCCUGGAGGAGAUUAAAAGAGUUAUUACAUCCUUCAGCCGAAUUUCGGGCCUUUUCAUGAACCAGGAUAAAUUGGAGAUCUUCUUUAGUGGAUGUUCAAGCGCAGAAAGAUCAGACUUACUUGAGACAUCUGGGUUAUCUGUCGGUUCCCUGCCAGUCAGAUAUUUGGGAGUCCCGUUGAGUCCUAGCCGGGUCACCAGUAAAGAUUUCCAGCCACUGAUUGACAAAAUCAAAGCCAAAGUAGCGAAUUGGACAACAAAAUUCCUCUCUUCAGCGGGCAAGAUUCAGCUGAUUGCGUCUGUCAUUUAUGGGCCGUUGAUUGAGUUUAUAGGACAUAAUGGCCCUUCUCUCCUCCGUAUCCCUCGAAAUGCCAAAGUGAAUGCGGCAUGCCGAGGAGGCGGUUGGUAUCUCCCGGGGGCACGUUCUGAUAAUAUUCAGCGAUUGCAUGAGACUCUAUCUUCGAAGGAGGUGCCAACGGACGCAAAGGGCUCUGAUAUUAUCCAUUGGAAACAGAAAGAAGGCUUAUGUCAACCAUUAUUUCGAUCUGGAAAGACAUGGAUGCUCAUCCGAGAAUCAGGUCAGUUGGUCGCUUGGUAUCAGAUUGUGUGGUUCAAGCUCUCAGUUCCUCGUCUGGCAUUUAUACUUUGGGAGGCUAUCUUAGAAAGGCUUCCAACUAAGGAUCGAUUGAUGGGAUGGGGAAUCUCACAUGAUGCUACUUGUUUACUAUGUGGAACUCGGGAUGAAUCACAUCAUCAUCUCUUCUUUAGUUGUGAUUAUAGCUCCUCAGUAUGGUUGGUUUUCUCUUGCGAGCAGGAUAUGGGCAAACCCGCCCGAUAGCUUGGCUGAUUGUAUCUCUUGGAUCCUUAAUCCCGCGCAUGAACGUGGUCGUAGUCGC